AUGCGUUUCAUCUUCCUGAGUGUGCUUUGCACUGUCUUGUUGUUGGGGACAAUAUCCUCGGCUUGGCCGUGGCGUCCCUAUGGUAUUCUCGGUGGCUCCCUGGACAAGCGAGCAGACACCACUGAAACCAGUGCCGCCGGGACCUCUGAACAGAAGACGGCUGCCUCCACUGCCUCCGAGACUGCGUCCAGCACCACAGGAGGCACCACAGGGACCACCACCGGAACCAACACCAAGACCGGCACAAGCACAGAUACCGCGACCGGUUCAGAGACAGCCACUGGCAAGACCACGGGCACCAACACAAAGACGGGAACUAGCAAGACCACUGCCACUACCUCAAUCUCCAUCGACCCUGCUGCCGCUGCUGGCGGCGUGUCGAUGAUUACCCCCGCCUCCUCGUCUACCACCUACUACAAGAUCGGACAGGAUGUGACCUUCGUCUGGAACUAUACAUCGCUCUCGGUCACUCCUUCUGCAGUCAAUGUCGUCGCGUCGUGUAGUUUGAACUCGCAGGUUUACACUCUGACCUCAAACAUGAGUGUUGAGCAAACCGGAUCCGUCGUUUGGGAUACUGGAAAGUACAAGCAGACUGCGACCAUUCCGCUGCUCACCGCUUCCUAUACUCUGUUCAUAUACGAUGCCAGCAAAGAGCUCGGUGACACUGCGAGCGCUGGUUACUUGAGCUCACAGAUUGGCUACUCCUUUGGCAUGUACUCGCCCCAGCCUUACACUUCACUCGGCUCAUUUGAAUGUGUCACCUGCAACGGUGCCCUGUCUGCCACUACCCGACAAGCCCUCAAGUUCACUUGUGGUAUGGCUUUGAUUACCUUCGCCUCGUUCACUUGGUUCGCGGGUAGCGCUGGUGUCUUGGCCACUUGA